CUGGGUUGGUGUUUCUCCAGAAGUUUCCCCCUUGGGCGGCGGCGGAGCUGGUUACCGUGUUAGUGGCCGCUUCGGCGUCAGCCACAGUGACUUAGUGAUGGCGGCGGCUGCAGCGGGACCUGCAACAGCCCAACGGUUUUUCCCGAGCUUCUCAGAUGCUCUGAUCGACGGGGACCCUCAGGCGGCCUUGGAGGAGCUGACUAAGGCUUUGGAACAGAAUCCAGAUGAUGCACAGUAUUAUUGUCAGAGAGCUUAUUGUCACAUUCUUCUUGGAAAAUACUGUGAUGCCAUUGCUGAUGCAAAGAAGUCCCUUGAACUCAAUCCAAAUAAUGCUACUGCUAUACUGAGAAAAGGAAUAUGUGAAUACCAUGAAAAAAACUAUGCUGCUGCUCUAGAAAGUUUUACAGAAGGACAGAAAUUAAGUGCAGAUGCAGAUUUCAGUGUCUGGAUUAAAAGGUGUCAGGAACCUCAGAAUGGAACAGAAUCUGAGGUGAAUCAAUCUGUAUCCCAGCGGACUCAGUCAAAAAUCAAGUAUGAUUGGUAUCAGACAGAAUCUCAAGUAAUCAUUACACUUAUGAUAAAGAAUGUUCAGAAGAAUGAUGUAAAUGUGGAAUUUUCUGAAAAAGAGUUGUCUGCUUUGGUAAAACUUUCUUCUGGAGAGGAUUAUAAUUUGAAACUGAGACUGCUUCAUCCUAUAAUACCAGAACAGAGCACAUUUAAAGUACUUUCAACAAAGAUUGAAAUUAAAAUGAAAAAGCCAGAGGCUGUGAGAUGGGAAAAGCUAGAGGGGCAAGGAGAUGUGCCUACACCAAAACAGUUUAUAGCAGAUGUAAAGAACCUAUAUCCAUCAUCAUCUCAUUAUACAAGAAAUUGGGAUAAAUUGGUUGGUGAGAUCAAAGAGGAAGAAAAGAAUGAGAAGUUGGAGGGUGAUGCAGCUUUAAACAAAUUAUUUCAACAAAUAUAUUCAGAUGGUUCUGAUGAAGUGAAACGUGCCAUGAACAAAUCAUUUAUGGAGUCUGGUGGUACAGUUUUGAGUACCAACUGGUCAGAUGUAGGUAAAAGGAAAGUUGAAAUCAAUCCUCCUGAUGAUAUGGAAUGGAAAAAGUACUAAAUAAAUAAAUUUGAUAUCAUUGUAUUGCAUAUAUUCACUAAUACCCAGUGUGUAUUGAUACUGCAUUCUUGAAUUUUGAACACAAUAUCUUUUUCAAAGAUUAUACCUCUUUACAAACUCUUUGUGCUUUGGAAACUAUUUUCCUUCGUGUUCUGAGUGUAAUGAAGAAUGAAGACCACAUCUUUAUUACUUCAGUCCUUAAGGAUUUCAAACAUGAUAACCUGAAUGAAGUAUUAUUUGCCACUAGGUAGAUUAGUUCUAUUAGUUGUGGGAGUGGAGAAAUCUUUAAUGAUGUAUCUUGGGUUAUUGCCUUACUUUUGAUCCAGUAUUCUGUUAAUAACUUAUUAGACCUGGCAACUUUGGUUGAGCAUAAAGUUUUCAACUUCA